UCUAGUUAGCACUGCGGAGGGCGUGUAGAGACACUUUCGUGUUGAUUGUAGCGCGUCGCUUUGAACGACUGGCUCUGUCUGAAUCCCAAAGUAGGCAGAUCGGGGUGCGCUCUCUGCACCAGCUGACGAAACAUUCACGGGUAGUAAACAUAUUUAACGCGAUCGGUCACAUAAAUCUGCGCUGACUCGAUCUGCUUGCUUGAAUACGGUUAGUGUGGCUCACACGGGCUUUAGGCCCGCAGUCUUAUGUGUAAACAAACGGACUAAGAGGAUUUCUCCAGCUGGUGUCUCCCCGUCAGAAGCUCGUCACUUCCAGAACCAACCAAGAAUGUCUGUGUCGCCCACCAUGUCUCAUCAACUCCCUCUGGACGGUAUGAACAUGUAUGCUGUGCCCAGCCCGGGAAUACCAGGCUGUCCCCCAGGAUUAGAGUACCUGACGCAGGUAGAUCAGCUGCUCAUCAAACAGAAAGUUGAGUUGAUUGAAGCUCUUAUUGGUUUUGAAAGCAAUAAUAAGUAUGAAGUUCGUAAUGUCAUGGGCCAGAACGUCUUCUACGCUGUCGAGGAGAACGACUGUCUGAGUCGACAGUGUUGCGGUCCCCUGCGCUCCUUCACCAUCCACAUCCUUGACAAUUUUGGACAAGAAAUCAUCACUGUCACCAGACCACUUAAGUGCAUGUCAUGCUUCUUCCCUUGUUGUCUACAAGAGCUGGAGGUGCAGGCUCCCCCCGGCAACACAGUGGGCUAUGUGAUACAACAGUGGCAUCCCUUCUCCCCUAAAUUUAUUGUUGCUAACGAACAUAACGAACCUGUACUGAAAAUUCAUGGGCCUUUCUGCGGAUGGAGCUGCCUUCCAGAUGUUGACUUUGAGAUUUUAACAAUCGAUGAAGUCAGCAAGAUUGGGAAAAUCAGUAAGCAGUGGACAGGGCUUCUUAGGGAGGCAUUCACAGAUUCAGACAACUUUGGUAUCCAGUUUCCCAUGGAUCUGGAUGUGAAAAUCAAGGCUGUGAUGAUCGGCGCAUGUUUUCUCAUUGAUUUCAUGUUCUUUGAGUCAACUAACUAGGAGCCAAACCGCAUUUCCUUGUACCUCUGGAAGAAGAACGAGGCCUCAAAGCCAUGAUGAUUAGUCCCAAAUGCCCUAACAUCGAACAGCCUUCAAAGGAAUAGUUUAAAGAAAGUACCAAAUGGUACCUCAACGUCAACACUUUGCAUGAACAAAGAAAUAGAAGGUUUGUUUUAGUCUUAGCUGCUCAGGUUUGUUGCAAAAUCAUGUCAUUGGGCUGAAAGUGCAAAAUGCAGUUUUAGUUUAGCCAGUGUUCAUGAAGAUUUCAUUAUUAUAAUUAUUAUCUUGUAAUUAUUUAAAGGAAAUGUUUUUUUUAAUAUAUUUUUUGCUGUGUGUUUUACAUUGUGACCAUUAAGUCAAUCUGGAACCCCGAAAAAACUUUGCUAUUACUGCAAAAUAACGUUUAGGGUAAAGAUACAUUUAUAUACAAGGAAACAAAAACGGAGCACAGUGGUGUAGGAAAAAAUGGUUUGGUGUUAAUAUGAUUAGUAUGAAACCCUCAUAUGCAAUUUGGUCACAUUACAAGUAAAGAUACUAAUUUACUUAAUCUACUCUGCUUGUAUCUACUGUGUGAGAACUAAGGAACUCGUUUAAUUCAGUUAUCUGUAGUUCUGAUAUCCAGUGCCCUGUUUUUUAUUGCUUUAUGUUUUGGUCAUUUGCCACACAUAGCGAUGUCUGUGCGCACUGCUUUGAACAAGUGUUUGUGUGUCUGUGAGCUAUGAUUGUACUUGUCUGUGAACAGAAGUUAUAAUACCAUAAAAUAUUUUUUUCCACAGUUUUUUUUUUUAAAGGAAAGGGUGGGUGGGAAGUAGAAAGGAUGUGCUAUAAGCUUGACAUACUGUUCUUGUCUUCCCCACUAGAGGGAGCUAGAUAUUCAUUUAAGAAUAAGCAGCCCAGAUGAACGAUAUAAAUACUUGCUAAUGUUAUUAGUAUCUGAUGACAUUGUAUAUUUUUUUGAUAAACUCAGGUUGAAAUGCAUGCUACUACUGUAUUACAGUGUUGGUCACUACUGGCUCUGGACGUUACACACCUGCACCUGAUACUAUGAACAUAAAGCGUUCACUGGUUUGUUUUCUUAAAUCAUUUUGUACAUUAUAUGAUUUUAAUAUCCAUAUAUUGCUUCCAUUUUCUUUUAUAUUACAUUUAAUUUUGAUUAUGUUUACCUUUUACAUUAAUAUCCUAUAUGACAGUUUUACAUGUAUCACAAUAUUGUAGUUUCCAGUACAAUAGAGUAAUAUUUUGCAGAAAAUGAACAUUGGUACUCUUUCACCAUACUUCAAUUUAAAAUUAUAAUACAUAUUAAUUGUGGCAAUCGGUGUGAUUAGGGGUGGUAUAAAGUAUUGUAGCAAAGGCGUUAUGUGUCAAACAUUCUUUGUGAAAUAUUUUUUUCACCAUGACUGUGUAAUCUGUGACUUUACAAACCUGAAAAAUUAGCCUCCAUCAUAAGCCAUUUUUACAUAUUAAUACUUAAGCUUUUAUUUUUGUAAAAGUACUUUAAACUGCCAGUUGGAAGAGAUAAUAUUACUGGUGUAAACUUACAUUUUUUUUUGGUGUCCAGAGUGUUUUAUUCUGCCUUUAAUGUAUUGACACUUGUUUUUAGAAUAGCCAUAAGUGGAUAUAUUUCUCUCUUUAUAAACAUAAUUUUUUAAACCCCUUAAUUAUGCGAAACCUAAAUAAAAACUUAAUAGAUGUCUUUUAUGAAGUCUGUUUUUUUUUCUUUGCAUACAGUUGGUUAAGAUAAUACUCAGUUGAAAUAAAAUCCAAUCCCAUUCUCGCCACUAGCAUGGGCCUUUCCUUUUCUUAUAAUACAGUAGUAGUAUAAGAUGCUGGUGCUAGAUCCUCUGAAGGCUCUUUGAUUGUGUUUAAACGCCAAAAAAUUCAGCCAGAAUGUGAUCUUAAAAAAGGGAACUUUGCUAUUUUCAGUCAGUUAUAUAACAAAAACAGUUAGAGUCCUUAUUCUUCUACUUUUGCACUAUUACUGUAAACUGAUAAACUGUUUAGUCACGCAAUGAAUGGAAAUGAGCUACGCUUAGAUUGUGCAAAUAGUCCAUGGAAAAACAUCAAUAAAAAAUAAAAAGAA